UCUUCCCAAUCAGUAAAGUUUUCAAAAUGGCGACCAAGCGUAAAUUUGCAGGGGAGAAUAGCGGCGCGCUAGUUCCUGUUAAGAAGCCGAAACAGAAUCAGUUAGCUUUACAAGACCAAGGAGGGGCAAUUCAAUCGCUUCCCCAAAGAACAUCAAGUCUUGAGGCUCCCAUUAUGUUGUUAAGUGGGCAUGAGGGAGAGAUUUUCACUUCAAGAUUUCACCCCUCUGGGGAGACUUUGGCCUCAGCAGGAUUUGAUAGACUGAUUUACCUGUGGAAUGUUUAUGGAGAAUGUGAAAACUUUGCAGUCCUCAAAGGUCAUACUGGUGCAGUCAUGGAAUUACAUUUCUCAUUGGAUGGGAGCACCAUGUUCACAGCAUCAACAGACAAGACAUUAGGUAUUUGGGAUUAUGAAACAGGUGCAAGGAUAAAGAAGUUGAAAGGCCACAGUUCAUUUAUAAAUAGUUGUUAUCCAUCUAGAAGAGGGCCUCAGUAUGUUGUCAGUGGAGCAGAUGAUUGUACUGUCAAGUUGUGGGACACAAGAAAAAGAGGAUGUGCACAAACAUUUCAGAACAUUUAUCAAGUAACUGCAGUUUCAUUCAAUGACACAAGUGAUCAAAUCCUCUCAGGAGGCAUAGACAAUGAGAUAAAGGUAUGGGAUCUUAGGAAAAAUGAUGUCCUAUACAAGAUGUCUGGACACACAGACACAGUCACUGGUCUUAGUCUCAGUCCAGACGGUUCAUUUAUCCUCUCCAAUGCAAUGGAUAACACAGUUCGUAUGUGGGAUAUUCGUCCAUUUGCCCCUUUGGAAAGAUGUCUGAAAGUUUUCACUGGAGCACAGCAUAACUUUGAAAAGAAUUUGAUCAAGUGUUCUUGGUCCCCUGAUGGACUAAUGAUAUCAUCUGGAUCAGCUGAUAGGUUUGUUUAUGUCUGGGAUACAAAUUCCAGAAGAAUUCUGUACAAACUCCCUGGACAUGAUGGAUCAGUAAAUGAUGUUGACUUUCAUCCCAAUGAACUGAUCUUGAUGUCCUGUGGAAGUGACAAGAAGAUAUAUCUUGGAGAAUUGCAAGCAUAAUACACAUCUGCAUUGCUCUUAGUCUCCUGGCCUGCAAAGUCAGAAUCUUCAGAAAUUCUUGGUGACACAACACACAACAAAAGACAUGUUGUACAUGUUCAUUCUCUUUAGUUGUCAAGAACAUGACAUCUUUCACAGAAUUUUAGUACAAAUUCUGUUACUUCCAUAAAUAAAUAUAACCAUUUUAAUUUAUUUCUGUUGCAAGACUUAGAUUAACAGACUUUUAGAGGUCAUUUUUUCACUAACUCUGAGAUAUAAUAGUUAUCAAUUUAUUUCAUCUCUUUGCUACUUUUAAAAUUUUCAAACAUCCACAUUUUAUCUCACAUCUCACAUAUAUGUUCCUAGUUUACAGUGUAUAAACUCAUGUGAAAGAAUAUUGUAAGGACUUCAAAAUACAUGUUAACAAGUUUUCUUUAAGACUACAGAGUUUCUGUAAGUGUCAAGGCCUUGCUGAUGAAAAAGGUUUUCUUCUUGAGGCACAAGAAUGUAAAUAAACUGAGAAACCUUUCUUU